AUGCUCGACAAGCUGCCGAACGAGCUACUCCUCCUCAUCAUCCAACCCGCCCUCCCCCCUCAUGACACGCUCUCGCCGAAGACCGCAGGGCGCCGCCAAGCGCUGUUGACGAGUCUGUCGCGGGUCAAUAAGCGCCUGUGCAGCCUCGCCAAGCCGCUUCUGCUCCAGAGCAUCGUCGUCGGCACCCCUCGCCAGGCGGAGUUGGUUAGCAAACUCCCGAAGAAGCUGCGCGUGCGGGUCGAGACGGUCGUCUUCCACAUCAGCACCACGUCGCUCGACGACAUCGACCCGUACGACGAAGACGACGUGCCAGACUUGCUUGUCGGAACGGAGGCCCUCGACGCCCUCGUUGCGCUGCCGAAGGCCAAGCACGCGCGAUUUUACGACUUUGGCGACUUAAGCACCGAGCAUAUGACCUGGCAGACUCGUCUCGACUUCGAUCUGAGCGCAAAAAGUCCGUUCAUCGAUCUCGACUCUCUUUUCCUGUCGAACUGCAAGCUGUUCUUCGCUGGGCAGGGCCAUGUGUCGCCGUUCGCCCUUGCGAAACUCGCUUUCGUCGGGAAAACCGUUUUGAUGAACGCCGGCAUCGACAAGUUGUUCAGAUGCGACACAUUGCCAGCUCUCCGAGUCCUUCGCUGCGCAGUCUUCGAGUAUGGCGAAUUCGGCGCAUGGGGUACGAGCUCUGGAGCGUUGAACAUCCCGGCAGAACUCCUUACGCAGAUGGAAGCGUUGCAGCUCAACUCCCGCCACGCACACACUUUUCCCGCGAUAUCGUCCAAAUCGACCCGUAUGCUCGUUGAUCUGGGCACCUGGAGUUUCUAUGAGGACCUGCGCGGCGCUGCGUCUAAGACGCGUUACAUCCGGCUCACAUCGGUUCACGUAGAUCGCUGGUCGAGCCCAGCAGCGGACGUCCGCGACCUGCACAACCUUUCCGCCGCGUUCAUACAUCGCGAUCUGCUUCCGGACACGGUUGAACCGAAGAACCGCGACGUGGCGUUUGCCCUCCUCGACGCCGUCAAGCAGACACCCGCUGACAUCAUCUGGACCGGCUCGGACGACCACGCCUUCAUCCUUCCCGAAUUUGAGCGGUACAUCAAGGGGAGGCAGUAG